CGAGAGGAGCGGGAGGGAGAGGGAGGAAGACGGACGCACGCCGAGACUCGGGCGCCGGAAUUCCAUUAGAAAAAAGUGAGCCGGCCGAGGGUAGCGGGAGAAGGUUUUUUGAAAAUUUCCUUCGUCUGGAGCGAAAGAAGCGACUCGGGUCUCGCGCCCGCCAAGCUCCCGCUGGAUUGCUCCCUGGCGCUUGCCCACGUCGGUGGAUUGCUCUCCUCUUUGCGUUUUAUUCUGACCCCCACCCACGCCGCUUCCUUCCAACCCCCCGCUCUCCCGUCGCCUCUCCCCCACCUCCCCAGGCCCUUCCAGAGGAGCACAGGGGAUCGGACCGCGGGGACCCGCGCUCCCGGGCCGGCGGAGGGACGGCAGAGCGCAGGACCGCUGUCGGCGGGGAAGCAGCACCCACAGACACACCUGUGUGUUUCAUUCUAGUGGGCGAGGGGCGUCGAGCGGGCCCGCCGCCUUCUUCCCCACCCCCUCCGGCCAGGGGCGAGAAUCGCAGGACUCAGGAUCUCCAUCGGGCGGACUCGCUGGGAUCUCCGCAUUGGAUUUGGGGCUGAUUAUCACUGCUUGGCUAUAUUAUUGUCAUUUUUUUUUUUAACCCAAGGGAGAAAGACAAAAACACAAAACUGUGGGAUUUAUUUAACAUGAUCUUGGCAAACGCCUUCUGCCUCUUCUUCUUUCUAGACGAGACCCUCCGCUCUUUGGCCAGCCCUUCCUCCCUGCAGGGCCCCGAGCUGCACGGCUGGCGCCCCCCAGUGGACUGUGUCCGGGCCAAUGAGCUGUGUGCCGCUGAAUCCAACUGCAGCUCCCGCUACCGCACGCUUCGGCAGUGCCUGGCGGGCAGGGACCGCAACACCAUGCUGGCCAACAAGGAGUGCCAGGCGGCCCUGGAGGUCCUGCAGGAGAGCCCGCUGUAUGACUGCCGCUGCAAGCGGGGCAUGAAGAAGGAGCUGCAGUGCCUGCAGAUCUACUGGAGCAUCCACCUGGGGCUGACUGAGGGGGAGGAGUUUUACGAAGCCUCGCCCUACGAGCAGGUGACCUCCCGCCUCUCUGACAUCUUCAGGCUCGCGUCCAUCUUCUCAGGGACCGGGGCGGACCCGGCGGUCAGUGCCAAGAGCAACCACUGCCUGGACGCGGCCAAGGCCUGCAACCUGAACGAGAACUGCAAGAAGCUGCGCUCCUCCUACAUCUCCAUCUGCAACCGCGAGAUCUCGCCCACGGAGCGCUGCAACCGCCGCAAGUGCCACAAGGCCCUGCGCCAGUUCUUCGACCGGGUGCCCAGCGAGUACACCUACCGCAUGCUCUUCUGCUCCUGCCAGGACCAGGCGUGUGCCGAGCGCCGCCGGCAGACCAUCCUGCCCAGCUGCUCCUACGAGGACAAGGAGAAGCCCAACUGCCUGGACCUGCGCAGCGUGUGCCGGACCGACCACCUGUGCCGGUCCCGGCUGGCGGACUUCCACGCCAAUUGUCACGCCUCCUACCAGACGCUCACCAGCUGUCCAGCCGACAAUUAUCAGGCGUGUCUGGGCUCCUACGCGGGCAUGAUUGGGUUUGACAUGACGCCCAACUACGUGGACUCCAGCCCCACUGGCAUCGUGGUGUCCCCCUGGUGCAGCUGUCGGGGGAGUGGGAACAUGGAGGAGGAGUGUGAGAAGUUCCUCCGGGACUUCACCGAGAACCCCUGCCUUCGGAAUGCCAUCCAGGCCUUUGGCAACGGCACAGAUGUGAACCUGUCCCCCAAAAAUCCCUCAUUCCCAGCCACCCAGGCCCCUAGGGUGGAGAAAACACCUUCUUUGCCAGAUGAUCUCAGUGACAGCACCAACCUGGGGACCAGCGUCAUCACCACCUGCACAUCUGUCGAGGAGCAGGGGCUGAAGGCCAAUAGCUCCAAAGAGCUGAGCACGUGUUUCACAGAGCUCACCACCAACAUCAUUCCAGGGAGUAACAAGGUGAUCAGACCCAACUCAGGCCCCUGCCGAGCCAGCCCGUCGGCCGCCUUGACCGCUGUCUCCUUCCUGAUGUUGAAGCUGGCCUUGUAGGCUCUGGGCAUGGCAUCUGGAGGUUUCCGAAAGCUACGUGGACGAGAGCACCCGCCUGCUGAAUGGACACACACACACACACACACACACACACACACACACACCUUGCAAAAAAUUUCCCUCACCUUGUCUCUGAACCUGUCUGUUCCCAGGUUUCUUCUCUGGAGAAGUUUUUCUAAGCCAAACAGACAGUAGGCGGGCAGCCUGAGAGCCUCCUGGGGGGCCCCUGGCAAGGGCACCCCAGGGCCAAGGAGGGCGCGAGGGUCUAGACAUGCCCCACACCUUCUCCUGGUGUUUUCCUCUCUGGACCCUGACGAGACCCCUGUGGCUACGGGACUGUGGCCGUGCCUGGUGUGGUCUGAGGCAGGACAGUGGCUGCUGCUCUUCUCAAGUUGCCCACUCUGGGGACUUGCUGGGGCUGGCAAGGGGCGUCAGGUGGCAGAGCAGUGGGGCUGGCCCCUGGGUCCAACUGGGCACCAGUCGCACCUCCACGUGCUUUGAGAGUGGAGUUUAUUUUGCCCUCCCUCUGGGCUGGGCAGGUCUGCUUCUGGCUUGUGGAGGGGUGUGCACGGAGGUCCCCCACUGUGGCACGGGCUGGGCAGCUCCAGGGCCUUGGGGGCUCAGCCCACCUGGGACACCUCCUCAGGAGGAGGGAGCAACACUUGGCCGCAGCUCGGGGCUGCUGCUUCCUCUUGGUGGCAGGAAUUUUGAAAUAAAAAAGAAAUGAUUCUUCGGUGGCUCUCUUUGGAGAGGGGGCUGCUGAGAGGGGCAGCGAAGACCACAGUGGACGUCCACCACCCCACGCUCUGGUCUCUGCAGCUCUCUCCCCACUUCCACCUUAUCUUUCCUCAUUUCUGAGACAUACGCCAACUGUAUGUACACAACAUGUUGCCCUUCUCAACAUAUAUGUAUAUACACAUCCAUAUACAUAUAUCGUGUGGUCUCCCCUUUCUCCUUUUUUUUAAGAAACAAAACUAUUGAAAUAAUACCCCAACAGAUGAGCGAAAUGUAUUAUUGUAAAGUUUAUUUUUUUUAUAACAUUGUCUAUAAAGGGAUCGGAGGAGGUGGCCUCCCCGUGUCCCGGCCCGUCGGGCCGCCGGGCCGUGGGAGGGGCUCCUGAUCGCAUUCACGCUGGCCAGGCUCCAAUAAAUGUCCUCGGAAGCA